CAAGCCAAGGCGUCCAACAAACACAAACAAAACGUUACUUGACCGCUUCGGUAUAAUGAAAAUUAUCGUAAAUAUCGAGUGGUAUGUUGGGUUGCCGACGUUCCGGUGUCCGACGAUACUAACAAUAAUUUCCAUCUAAUUCCAGCGCUUAGUGCGAAAUGACUGACAAAAUAAAGGGUAUAGAAUAAGUGGAACGUGGCAAAACACGGGAUUUUUUCGGUGCCGAUUACGAAUUAAGCCCGGGCGUUGUUCGACUAGUGUCGUUUGCGUGUUGUACUCCUAAUAGAGAUGGUGUACUAAUUGUCAGGAUUGCCUUGAAGGAAACCGAACGCCUUGUUUCGAAACUGUAUACAAUGGCCCAUUGUUCAAAGGUAACCCGGCCAAAAAGCCGACCGCGUGAACGUCGAGAUGACAUUGCCGGCUGCGCGUUCUUUACGUGCCGGCGCAGCCGAUAAGGCGACGCCCCACGUAUCGCGACGCAGGGCUGGUCGCCUUAGCGCCGCGUGGGCGGACCUGCCCGCGAUUACGGCCGCGGCCGCGGCCGCGAAAAAGUCGACAGCGCGCCGCGCGGUCUGUUCUUGGCACGUCGACUACGGAACCCUACUGCAGGACAGGGACGACGCAUGCGCCGCAGGUGACACGGGCGUCGAAAAAGAAAUCACGGCGUGCAAGAAAGAAAAAGUGGCGGAAUACGUUUCGCUGCUAGAUCCGUCAGCGCCUAGGAUCCGUCCGACGAAAGGCGGCGGCCGUCAUUCGACGUCGACCCCAGUACCAACGCACACCAAUGCGAUCCAAAAUCCACCGGCCGAACCGAAUACGAGGCACUCGUUCAUCGAAACUGCGGUACCCGCGGCGACCCAAGCUGCGAUGCCCAGUCUUAAGUCGUUGCUGUCGAAAGGGCGGGGCGCGGGUGGCCGAAACGGCGAGAAUUCGAACGCCGCGACGCCCCUUGUGAAGACCGGCAACGGCGAAGUGCCUUCGGUCAUCAAACCGGCUACCAGCCUAGCAAGUCUGCGGAAAUGCGAAACCGUACUCGCGCUCACCGGCAUCCUCAGGUCGGCGUCUUCGUCGUCUUCCAUCGAGCCGCUGCAACCGCUGAAUCGGCUAAGGGUGCGGCCGGACUACGGGCAGUCGCAUCGCAUGUGCUCGCGAUGCUCGAGCCUGUUGACGCUCGCGUCCGGCUCGCGCUACUCGCUCGACUCGAGUAACGGCGGGUUCGUGCGGCUCGCCUCCGGCACCAAAAUGACCGCCGCUCCCGCUGCCCCGCCCGUCUUGUGCAAGCUGUGCCUGUCCGAAGUGCCCGCCCACGGGAUCGUGCGAAUCGCGCAGUGCAACUGCUCGUUCUGCGGCGAGUGUAUGAAGACGUACGUCGAGUUCGAAAUAGCCGAAGGCGCGUACGACAUUUCUUGUCCCGACGCGCAGUGUCCCGCGCAGGGUGUCCUCCACGAGGAUGAGAUCGGAGCUCUGGUCGGCACCGACAAGCUGCAGAAGCACAAAAAGUACCGACUUAAUCGUGAGGUGGAGCUCGACAAGAACCGUUGCUGGUGUCCAAGGGCGGGCUGCGAGACAGUCUGUAACCUGUGCCCGUCGCAGCCUUGCUCGCCGCAGAGUGUCUUUUGCCCGACGUGCUCGACCGACUUUUGUAGCAACUGCAAACUCGAGUGGCACGCGGGCUCCACCUGCGACGAGUACGGGCGACGGCUGGCGAGUGAGGGGCGGGCCAAUCCCGACAUCGGCAUACCGUUCGACUCGGAUCUCAUCAAGUGUUGCCCGAUGUGCGGCGUGCCGAUCGAAAAGGACGAAGGCUGCGCUCAGAUGAUGUGCAAACGUUGCAAGCACGUCUUUUGCUGGUACUGCCUUGCGAGUUUGGACGACGACUUUUUGCUUAGACAUUACGACAAGGGUCCGUGCAAGAACAAGCUAGGACAUUCGCGCGCUUCGGUGAUCUGGCACCGGACUCAGGUGAUUGGCAUUUUCGCUGGGUUCGGAAUUUUACUACUGGUGGCAUCGCCGCUCCUGCUGUUGGCCGCUCCCUGCAUAGUUUGCUGCAAGUGCCGGAUCUGCAGUGCCGAGACGACCAAGCUCGACAACGACGACGAGGAAGCAGGGUUGGGCGACGAUUCGUGAUACUAUUUUUAGUGACCCCUUUACCCCCCCCCCAGAUUUAGUUUUGUUCUUAGCUCUUAAAAAGGUUGGGGAUAUUUUCUUAAGUACCAAUUAAAUUUGAUGGAACCAUCGAAACUGAUAGAGUUAAUCGGGAAAACGUUUAAAAAAUAUACAAUUAAUGUGAUAUUUUGUAAUAGAUCGAAGAUUAUUAUUAUUAUAUGACACUGUUUCACAAUGUUAAUCGUGUAUAUAACGUAUUAUUAAAUUUGACAAAAUAAAUAAUGUUGGCCUUUUCUGGUUUUAAAUAUUUAA